AAUCAAUAUUGUUUGUACGAAUGUAACUACAAAAUAGAAUGAGUUCUGUUAUUUAUUCGAUAGUUGUUGUCUGUUAUCUCAUAUUCUUCAGCAUUAACAAUAUGAUUUCGUAUCCGGCGGAAGGCUGUCAUCAUGGUCUUCAUAGAAAGAAGAGAGAAGCCGGGUCAGCUCUUACAGUUCAAGAGUUCUUUCCUGGAUGUAUGAGAAAUCUCUCAGCAGAUAUACCAAGGUUUGAAAACAGGAGUUGGGAAGGAUCGGUGGCAUUUACGCUGUUCCAUUCGACGUGGUAUGAGGUUAUUGGGAAUGAAACUUGCAUAGACGCCUAUGACACGAUUGAAUGUUGGAACGAAAAUUUACCUGAUUAUAUUUCAAACUAUACUGAUGGAGUCGGUAAACCGGCAUUAAGACUGGCACAAGAAUGCGUUGUGGAAUACUAUAACCAAUUUUUUGGACUCAAUGUUACCAUCACAGCUUUUCCAACUGGAUCUAAUGAACCGAAUGAUUCAACAUGCAUAGCAGUAAAUGAAUCAUACUACAAAACCGAACUGGUUGCUGACCUGAAUACAACUGAAUUAGAAAGUGGCGAUCAAACUGUUAAUGAAAUUGAUGAUACUGUUGCAUUUGUUAUUGAUGAUAUGAUAUGUCCGAAUUGUACGUGCGCUGAUUUGUUUGCUAAUGAUGAAUAUGUGGAAGAAUAUGAAUUUGAAAGUGGAAUAUCCUGUGGCGACUGCUGGACAACAAGGCUUGCUACUUCGACUCGCGAAAAAUCUCCGAUUAGAAAAACUGGAUCAAAGUUAGCAGUCAAAAAAUCUGGAGUGAAGAGAAUUAGAAGAUGUGCGAGAGAUCCCAUUCCAGAAUCAGAUUACGAAAUUGUCAAUGACCUUUUACAAAUGAAUAUUUCAUGUUUUGAUUCCUAUGUUGAAUUGAGAAUAAGUGCCUGCGGACUCGCCACACUUAACUACCGACAGGCAACUGAGUUAGCAAUUGCAGAUCCGACAUCGACAGAUGAUGUUCAUUUCUCCCAACUUGAUGAUGAAUGCAAACCCGUAGUGAAAAGGCGUAAUCAACCUCUAAAGAAAGAAGUAUUUUUCAAUUUCACUCAAUCUGCUUGUGAUGCCUAUGUUGUACAGGUAAAUCCAGAUGAAGUCAAUUACGUAUACGGUCUUCGGACAUUGGAGCCAGAUUUUAAGUAUCAAGAAGACGAAGUUCUCAGACGAAUUCUUCUUAAUCUCAAUAUAACAUGUCGAUACCAAAGUGUUUACAGAAAUACCAUUCCGUUUGGAGCAAUUACAAUUGUUUCAAGAACGGUUUCUGUAAAUCUGGCAAGCAGUAUUGGAUUAUCAGUUACAAUGACUGUAUACAGAGAUUCUGAUUUUAAUGAAACCUUUACAAGCGAAAAUAGUGAAAUUAUAGUACCCGACAAAAUAUGGUUAAGAUUCACGCAUGACGGAAGUUUGUCUGAAUACUUGGAGAUUGAUGCGUGCUGGAUCACACCCGAUGAAAAUAGAGAAAAUCCAAUUUUAUAUGAAAUCAUAAAAGACGGAUGCACUAUUGAGGAAGAUGGUGUAAACAUAGCCAAAGAACUUCAUACAUGCGAAUCAAACGUAGCUAGUUUUGGUUUCGAAUCUUUUAUGUGGGGAGCAGUUGCUGAUUCAAACGAACUCCAUUUGCAUUGCGACGUCAUAUCAUACCUUGAUACAGAUCCAUAUUGUGGAAAUAAGAGUUGCCAAGGAACAAGGAGGCGAAAACGGUCCAUAUCGAAAAAGAGUACAACGAUGGGUGCUUUAUUUGUAGGAAGCAGUUCGAAUUUAUGCACUGAUAAACAUGGACAAUCCUGUUCGGAAAUUUAUUUUGGAUGUGAUGAAUAUGGAAAACCAAAAUGUCGUUGUUCAACAGGACGAAAAUUAAAAUCAGAUGGAUUAACUUGUGAACCAUUAUGACCUCAUUCCGUGCCCAUCUACUGAACUAUUUUCGUGGUUAGCGUGCUGAAAUUAUUUGAGAACUGAAAUGAAUUGAGAACUGAGCAAGUUUUGUAGACAACAAUUCAGUAUCGAAUAAAAAUAGCAUCUUGCGUAUCAUCAGUGACUGCUUGUAUAUGGCAUUGUUUAGAGCGGAAAAAAAUUAUAUAGUAUUUUAUAGUUUAAAUGCAGAUUUGACGAAGUGCACGGCUACCUAAAUAAAGUUACGACAUGGCAAUUAGCUAGCACAAAUGCGUGUACUAGAAUUCUUCUUACUUUCAGAUGAAAUUUUCUAAUAGGUCAUGUUAUAGGUGAACUGGGCGUGAUUUCGAUAUCCCUGAAAAAAAAUAAAGCACUGUUGGGCACAAAGUCCUGAUAUAUAUAUAUAAAAUGUUGAAAAAUUGUGGAAUUCACUAUCGCUUUUGCAGCGUAGGUGAACAUACUGGAAAGUUGCUACUUGCUACA